UUAUAUGUGUCUCAAUAGAAAUCCCCUCUUGGAGCCAGCAAUCUGUAUGUUAUUCUAAGUGACAGUUUUCUGGAAAUCCCCCACCUAGUUGUAAGCUCCGCCCCGCUGCAUUUACAGCCUGCUGCACAAGCUCCGUUGGGAUACAACCAAACGCACCUCGUACCGAACAACUAGGACCAGUAUGGACCUCCACCGGACCAGUAUAUUAAACCAAAUGGAUUAUAGCCGGGAGUCGAAAGAAGGGAAACCGGCCCAGUCGACGGAGGAGCGUCUGGACAGUGGUUUAGACUCGCUGAAGGAGGAGGAGUACCAGGCUGUGGCCGCCGAGAUCCGUCGGCUCCAGGUGGAAUGUGAGCCGUCGCAGCACCGACAGCCCGUCGUCGCCACCGGAGAGCUGCAGGAAUGGAAAACACAGAUAACAGAGGACGGAGACACGCUGCUCCACCUGGCCAUCAUCCACGAGGCCAAGGACUAUAUCAGAAAAAUGAUAGAAGUGUCCAAGAACACAGACUUCCUCAACACACAGAAUGACCAGAGACAGACUCCUCUUCAUUUAGCAGUUAUAACAAACCAGGCAGAUGUGUGUCAGCGCCUCCUCGCUGGCGGCUGUGACCCCACGCUGGUGGACGACAACGGCGACACACCACUCCACAUCGCCUGUCGCCACGGUAACCUACCCUGCUUCAGCGUCAUCACACAGAACUGCCAGCUAGAGCAUCUACACAGCGUGAUGGCCGCCUACAACUAUCAUGGUCAGAACUGCCUCCACUUGGCCUCAGUGUAUGGUUUCCUCUCGCUGGUGGAGAACCUGGUGGAUCUAGGAGCUGACAUUAACGCAAAGGAACAGCGUAACGGUCGCAGUGCGCUGCAUCUGGCUGUUGACCAGCAGAACCUCCUGCUGGUCCAACUGCUGCUGAAGAAAGGAGCGGAUCCCAACCAGCUCACAUCCGGAGGCCACAGUCCCUUCCACCUCACCUACGGCCGCGACAACGGCAACAUCAGAAUGGAACUGUACUCUCUGACCGAUCCCAGCCUGAGGGAGCUGCCCGACAGCGAAUCAGAAGACAGCGAGGAGGAGGCGAUUGAGGAGUCCGAUGAUGAGGUUAGUUAUGAUGAUAUCCAGUGGAACGGACAUUAGUAGGAAGCGAGAGAGAGAGAGAGGGAGAGAGAGGAAGUCGCAGAGGCAGGAGGCUGUGACGAAGACGGUGAAGGAAAACAGAGAACGGCCUCGGCACGUCUACCACUUCCUCACGUUGGCCGUCACACAAGCCCGACCGCGUGUCACAGAAGACGCAUCGCAGGGGGUGCGGCCCGCCGACGAGAACGACAGACCGCUCAUGAGAGGAACAGGCAGCUGCAAAAAAAAAAAAAAAAAACAGAGACUGAUGGCCAAAUUUAAAAAGAGUUCGACCGCUCCAGGCUGCAGGAAAGAGAGGAGACAUGAUGAGAUGUGAACACGUGACGCAUUACGACGGGAUGGGAUCGCUUGUAUGCUUAAAAAAAGUGGAAUCGCUUUGUAUUCUGUGGACGCUGCAAAUCAUUCUCACAAAAAAAACCAUCCAUCUGCAACACAUGUACCUGCAACAGCUCUGUUGUAUGAUAUUGUAAAUGCUGUGUAUACAAAGAUGUAUUUUUUAUGGAAGCUGUGAAUGUGUACAGUUGAGCAGGUUGUAUAUGUCAAGACAGCAAACAGUCCAGCACACUCCAGUUAAAUUAAAACACUCAUAUUUAACAG